UUGCAAACUUUGACUGUCAGUGUUGAUGCAACAGUCAGCAGAAGAGGAGGAAACCUGCCCAGAUGAGAAUUUCCAGCGGCUGUUUGGGCUUUCCAGUCUGGGCGGAGCGAGGCUGUGCAGGAAGUCGUGUGCAGGCAGCUGUACUUUCUCCGCCGGUGAUCAUGUUCCUUCUGCAGCGACAUAAAGCGGAGCUGCUCUGAACUCCGAACAGUUUCUCACUGUGAGCGAUGGCGGUUCUGGUGGAUCUGACCCACAGCUGCAGACCCGGAGCCUCCCUGCAGCAGGAGGCGGACUCGCAUGUCUUUCUGCUGUAUGGGACAGCCAGCCGACCUGGACCCGGCUGCUCGCUCCCGUCCGUCGGCUGCUCCGGGAGCGCGCACAUCCUGGACUCUGGAUCCAUGGCGGAGCGUCUUUACCGACUGAAGCGAACCUUGGAUGAACUGGACCUGAGCUCCAUCACAGUGCUGACCAGCUGCCGGGGCAGAGGGGUGCUGGUUCGGUAUCAGGAGAUGCUCUUUACCGCAGUUUAUAGUUUUGAUUACAGAGUGACGGACGAGCCUACCUGUUCGGAGUGCAGAGGCUCCGCCCACACGGACUCACCUGAGCCGGAAGUGUCCGCCUUCCUGCAGCAGCUGCCCGCUCUGAAGGGACACAUCAGGACCCUGAGGUCCACAUUGAUUCCAGACUGCUUUGGUCACGGCUUCAGCACCCGUUCAGGUGGAGUCUCCUACAUCCCAACCCUGUCCUCCUUAAAUCUCUUCUGCAGCAGUAAGAGGAGGGACCCAACGGCUGUUGUGGCAGAAAACAGGCGCCGGCUCGCCGUUCAUGCUGGGUUUCAUCCUCUUCCUCUACGUCUGGUCAAGGUGAACCAUGCCAACGACGUGCUGGUUCUGGGGAACCCGGAGCCAGAAAGCUACGACUCCAUGGUGACCAAUCAGAGAGGGGUUGUUCUGGCGGCUCCAGGAGCCGACUGCAUGCCCAUCCUGUUUGCUGAUCCAGUCAAGAAGGUCAUUGGGGCGGCUCAUGCAGGUAAAUGA